GUUAUGCACCUUCAGGAGGAACCAAAACCAAUAAAGAAGCUAAGACUUGUACAGAAACCAGUGACGUCUGAAAUCAAUCUGAAUUUGUCGUCUGCAACCAACUCCCAAGAUGUGUUAAAUAUAUUAUUGAGAUUUGGCAAUACACUACCUAUACAAGGAGAACAGACCAGUCAUGUGGUGACUCAAAUUCUAGAUCACUUCUCUCAUGAAAAAGAGACAAUAGUUAGAUGUAAGAUGGUGGAAUUGAUAGGUGAGAUGUCUAAGUUGCCAGGCUGUGAUGUAGCUGAGAUUAUCAAUGGGCUAAUGUCAUUGCUCAAUACUGAGAAAUCACAUAAAGUACAAGGAAGUAUAGUAGAAUCUCUAACUAGUGCUGGUCAAACUAUAUCAUCAUCUAAUACAGCUGUUAUACAGGAAUUGGUAGAGAAAGCUGUUCAGGUAAUAACAUAA